GCCAUACAUGCAGGUGCGCUCUAUUAGUUAAAACGCUCCGUUUUGGGUUUUGGUUUUUUAAAGAACCUGCGUUUGGGGAGAGAGAGACGGAGACCACCCCCGCUUCAGCCUGCCUCUUGGAAGGUAGGCGGUAACUCCCGCUGGACUGCUAUUGGUGGCCCGCUCGCCCACCCGUUCGCUCGCCCACCCGCCUGGGUCUUAAAGUGCACUGCGCAGUUCUCGGCUAGUGAGCAUUUCUCAAAACCAUGGCUCGGCGUGGCGGAGGACUUCUCGGCUGGGGGUCCUGCCUGGCCAGGCUCCUGGCCGGGAACAGACCCAGGACGGCGAGGCUCCCCUUGAGGAGAGUUGUAUAUGGACAGCAGGCACUGAACAACCUUUGCUUUCAGUCAAAGAUGCCUCCUUGCGACUUUGUACCUGAAAAAUAUGAGUCCUAUCCUUAUGAGUGUAUGCUGAAGAUCCGCAAACAGAAUCUUUCCCCAUCCAUGCUACAUCAUUUCAAGAAACCUCUGCUUAUCCACCAAGGGCACAUGCAGUGGUUGUUUGACCAUGAAGGACGUAGGUACCUCGAUCUCUUUGCUGGAAUUGUCACUGUUGGUGUUGGUCACUGUCACCCGAAGGUAACAGCAGCUGCCCAGAAACAGCUUGGUCGUUUGUGGCAUACAAGCUGCAUCUAUAUGCACCCAGCAAUCCAAGAGUAUGCCGAGAAAUUGGCCUCACUGCUUCCAGAUCCCUUAAAGGUGAUUUACCUAACUAAUAGUGGUUCCGAGGCAAACGACCUGGCAAUGUUUAUGGCAAGGGUAUAUACUCGCAACUUUGACAUGAUUAGUUUCAGAGCGGGAUACCAUGGGGGCAGCCCUUACACACUGGGCUUGACAUCCAUUGGAGCCUACAAGCAUGGUGUAGCCAAUGGGUUUGGUUGCCAUACGACAAUGUUGCCUGACGUCUUUAAUGGUCUCUGGGGAGGAAGCCAUUGUCGAGAUUCUCCAGUGCAAACGGUUCGUCAAUGCAGCUGUUCUCCAGGCUCUUGUCAUGCAAAGGACCAGUACAUUGAGCAGCUCAAAGACACCCUGAAAACUUGCGUUCCAAAGACAAUAGCUGGAUUUAUUGCUGAGCCAAUUCAAGGUGUCAAUGGAGUGGUUCAGUAUCCAAGGGGAUUCCUAAAGGAGGCUUUUCAGCUAGUGCGUGAAAAAGGAGGUGUGUGUAUUGCUGAUGAAGUUCAGACGGGGUUUGGUCGAACAGGCAGCCAUUUCUGGGGAUUUCAGUCGCAUGAUGUGGUUCCUGACAUUGUUACCAUGGCAAAGGGAAUUGGUAACGGUUUUCCAAUGGGAGCAGUAGUCACUAAUGCAGAGAUUGCAAAGGCCUUCGCUCAAAAUUGGCAUUACAACACAUUUGGAGGAAAUGCGGUGGCCUGUGUCAUUGGGUCUGCAGUUCUGGAUGCAAUAGCAGAAGAUGGCUUGCAGAAAAACAGCCUAGAGGUUGGGACUUACAUGCUACUGGAGCUUGCAAAGCUGCGAGAUGCGUUUGAAAUAGUUGGAGAUGUCCGUGGCAAAGGGCUGAUGAUUGGGAUACAGAUGGUCAAGGAUAAGGAAAGUCGCCAGCCACUUCCAGUAGAAGAGAUGAAUGCGAUCUGGGAAGACUGCAAAGAUAUGGGAGUGCUAAUUGGGAAAGGAGGCCUCUAUAACCAGACAUUUAGAAUUAAACCUCCCAUGUGUAUUUCUAAGCAAGAUGCAGAUUUUGGAGUGGAAGUUUUUCGUGCUGCUUUAAUUAGACACAUGGAAAGAAGAGCAACUGCAAAAUAGCAUUCCCACCACAGUGAGGUCGCCCUGCAUUCGGAGGUGUCAAUCAAAGAACGUCUAGUCCUCUGAUUAAACACCACAACUGAGAAAUUAGAGCUCCUUUUGCCUUUACAUGUUUACUGCUAAGAGGAAACGGGUGGAAUCCUGCUAACGUCAAAUGUGAAGAACAGGUGCCUGUUGCAAAAGACACUGAUGGGCCCAAACGAUCGGCAAAGUCCUUUCGCUACUAAUUAAACUAGCUUACAUAGUGUGCAAGGGAAUGCGGGCAGCUGGAGCCCUGCCCACGCCCCUGCGUUCCCGUAAGCACUACCAACGGAGCUUCACUACAGGGCAGCAGUGCUCCUCGUAAGCACUCUGCAUGCACAACCAAGGAAUGGGAUGCCUGUGUUACUGCUUUGUAGCAAAAGUACUUACAAAAGUAACUGUUAAAAAGUAGUUUCAAUUAUUAAUACUAAAUAUUUCGGCUUACAUACUGCUCAGGUGGACGUGGGUGGCAGAGCACCAACUGCUGCGCCCCUGUGUGCCUAUAAGCACCGCUGAUGGGGCUGUGAGGCAGGAGGAGGGUGAUCCAAAUUGCGACUCUAGUGCUGGGAAGGGAUUUUGCCGUGAAAAUCUGUUAAGAACAUAAGAACAGCCCUGCUGGAUCAGGCCCACGGAAGCCCAUCUAGCCCUGCUGGAUCAGGCCCAAGGCCCAUCUAGUCCAGUAUCCUGUUUCACACAGUGGCCCACCAGAUGCCGCUGGAAGCCACAGGCAGGAGUUGAGGGCAUGCCCUCUCUCCUGCUGUUACUCCCCUGCAACUGGUACUCAGAGGCAUUCUGCCUUUGAGGCUGGAGGUGGUCCUCCGUCUAGUAAGCUUUAGAAGUGAGAAUUCCAAAGCAGUGCUCUUAACACAGUAACCUCUUCUGGUCACCAGAGGCAUGAUGGGAUGUUAAUAGGUCUGUCUUGGUCAGUUAGAACUAGGGCCUGUUUGGGUAUGUUGUUCUAUAGAUCUCUCAGUCUGUGAUGCUUAGUUUCUUAAUAAAUCUUUGUGUUUUUAACUCAA